UAACGAAAUCACUCACCUUUCCAGACAGCUUCACUGAGCUUUAUCCCGGUCGCCGUUUAUUUCAAUCUUUUCUCAACACUGGUCAAGAUUGGGAAAGCGGCGACUUCAAAACAAAUCACUGAUGCUCGGAAUGAGGAGAGAAGCGUGGAUGAGAAGGAGCAGGCGCCUUUGUGCUAUCAAUUGACUCGUACGAGUUGUCAUCUUCAAAGUUGAUGAAUUGAUCUGACAAAAAUAGAUGAUGUUCUGUACUCCCUAUCGUCAAUAGGCCUUGUUGACCUAGUACAAGACGAUGUAUUCGAGGCGAAUGAUAUUACCCGGCACAUGAUUGCCAUGCCAUCAGCGCAGCAUGGAACUCUUCACUUCGCAACCGAGCCAAUGUUCGCAGGGGCAUUCUUAAUGCGAAAAUUGAUCGAUACGAAAUUCGAAUAUCCUUUCAAAGCACUCGAAACCCCAACACAAUACGGCUACAAACUCCUAGGCCAAGAUGAUCUUGCAAAGGAGCAUACUUACUCCAUCAUGGCCCGUCAAGGACGAAUGGAUAGCUUCAAUCAAUUCAUGGUAGGCAAAUUCGGCAAAUUCGGUAAAAUGCCAGAACGCGUCAAGUCAUUUGGAUAUGAUUUGGAUAGCGCAGUCUCUGGCACCGAGAGUGACGUUGUCUGGGUUGAUAUCGGUGGUGGACGAGGUGAAAUGCUCCUCGAGCUCAAGGAAGCGUAUCCCACGCUCUCUAAAUCAGCCUUGGUGCUGCAAGAAUUCAACCCGGAUAUAGGCAGCGUACGGGAAGUCACGCAGAUGGAGUGGAAUUUCGCAAGUGAUACUCCGCAACCUGUCGAAGGAGCAUUAAAUUAUUCGUUGACUCAUAUCUUCCACAAUUUGCCUGAUCUGGAUGCCCUGGAGUUGAUGCAAAAGGUUUCAAAAGCAAUGGCACUGUAUUCGCGGUUGAUUAUACAGGAAUUUACGAAGAACAAGAGUUACGGAAAGAUGCAUGCGACUAUGAUUACACUGUAUGGUGGUCGAUUAAGAUCUAGCGCUGAAUGGAAGAGACUAGCGGCGUUGUGUGGGUUGAGAGUGACUUUUGAGGCAUAUCCAGAGGCAGGAGAGGGUUUGAUUGAGAUGAGGAAGAUAGUUGUAUAAAUUCUUAUUAA